UAGAUGUUAUAAAAGUGACAAGUUAUACAUUAGACACCAGCAAAGAAUUGCAAACAGAAUUACCAGCAUCAUGAUGAAAGUUCUCCUUUUUGUGCUACUUGUAGGUUUGGCAACGGCAGCGGCUAAAAAGACUUCAAAAGUCGGCUUUAAAAGAGCAGUCGCGGGUUGUGCUGACAACGAGUUCCAGUGUAAGAACGGUCUGUGCAUUCAGGAGGAAUGGACUUGUGACACCGACAACGACUGCUGGGAUGGCUCUGAUGAAAAUUUGCCAGAAUGCCCCCCGAGAGGACAAUGCACGGGUAACCACGAGUUCAAGUGCACCAACAACCGUUGUAUUCCUAUAGAAUUCCGAUGUGACGGCGAUAACGAUUGUAAUGAUCGUUCCGACGAAGCUGGAUGCACCGAAUUCAAAUGCACGGCUGGUGAGGUGCAGUGUGACAACGGCGUCUGCAUCGAACGCGAGUAUCUGUGCGAUGGAGAGGACGACUGCGGCAACAAAUGGGACGAGAACGUCGCCAACUGCCCCACGAAAUCCAGCGCCUAUAUAUCUUUACAGAAAGCCAAUAACACAGUACACGGUAUUACUUUUUCUGAACUGAAGGAGGUUUUUAGAAGUUCAUUGUAUGCCACAGACAGGGACGAAGUCUUGUCCUCAGACAUCAGCAUUCUCGUCAAAAUGAAAGUUAUCGUUGUUGUUCUUCUUUUGGGACUGGUGCAGGCAGGAUCAAAGGAGAAAACAAAGGAUUAUUUUAGGAACAGACGAGGAGCGUGUGCAGACACGGAGUUCCAAUGUAAGGACGGGGUUUGUAUUCAGGAAGAGUGGACCUGCGACUCGCAAAGCGACUGUUGGGACAACUCUGAUGAAACAUUAUCUCAGUGCCCUCCCCUGGGAUACUGCACGGGGCCUCACAUGGUAUCGUGCAAGAACGUCCGUUGUGUUCCUCUGGAAUAUCGCUGUGACGGCAACAACGACUGCGGCGAUGGAACAGACGAGGCGAACUGCGCCAGCUUCACCUGUUCACGGGGCGAAUUCAAGUGCAGCAAUGGGCACUGCAUAGAGCAGACUUACCUGUGCGACGGAGACGACGACUGCGGCGACAAGUCGGACGAACAAGCCUCCAACUGCCCCAGCGGCAAGCGGGGCAUCUCAUGACGUCAUCAUAGGGCUUGACCUCGGGGCAGGGCAAUCGGCUGGGACAAAGAGUUUACACAUUCGAUGCCCACCCCUUCCUCUGCUAGUCUUUAUGAAUGUGAACGUGUCUACAAAGCUUAGAGAAUUCUACCAUUCCUUCACCACUUGCAUCAUUGUAUUUCGAUGUUUAGCUUGAUGUCUGCGUGUAGAUGCACUCUAGUGUCUUUAUAAAUGCUUAAUAAUAA